AUGUCACAGGCAGGGGCAGCGGGCGGUGAAGAAGGCAAACGGUAUGUUCGCUGGCAUAGCGAGAGGAUUCAGCUACUUAGAGUUCUUGAUGGAACAGAAUUCCCAUCUCAUUUAGCAUCCAGUACCACCAUUGAAGACGGUAAACCAGCCAGAAAGAAGAAAGACAAUGAACCUUUACCAUCAACUAUUAUUGGUGACCCCUCAUUACAUGGCGAUGUCUGGUCCUGGCUGGAAUUUAUCUUGAACUCCACUUUCAGUGCUUUGUGGAUAUUGCCCCUGUUUGUCCUCAGUAAAAUAGUGAAUGCCAUCUGGUUUCAGGACAUUGCUGACCUAGCGUUUAAAGUGUCUGGAAGGAAAGCACAACCUUUCCCCAGUAUAAGUAAGAUUAUCGCGGACAUGCUUUUCAAUCUGCUCCUGCAGGCCUUGUUCCUCAUUCAGGGACUGAUAGUGAGUCAUUUUCCGAUUGAAAUUAUUGGACAGCUGGGGAGCCUAUUUCACAUGUCGAUGCUGUAUUCUCUCUAUUGCUUUGAAUACAAAUGGUUCAACAAUGGAAUUGAGAUGCAUCAGCGCUUGUCUAAUAUUGAGCGGAAUUGGCCUUAUUAUUUUGGUUUUGGAUUGCCAUUGGCUAUCCUCACUGCUCUGCCAUCAUCCUAUGUCAUCAGUGGCUGUUUGUUCUCCAUUCUCUUUCCUCUAUUUAUAAUAAGUGCAAACGAAGCAAAGACCCCACUGAGAUCAUUUCAUUUCCAGCUCCACCUCUUCUCCUUUGUGAUCAUGCUCAGCAAUAAACUCUUUCACAAGACGGUUCAUAUCCAAUCUGCCAUGACAACAACAGGGUCGUCUGAGCAUCUGCCAUCUCCUCAUUCAUCCCCUGCCAAACAACGAUCUACGACGCAGCAGUAAACUUCAGUUGAGGGUAUAAUGCCUCUUGCCCCCUCCCUUUGCAUAGGGUUCUCACAAAUGAUCCACAGCUCAAGAAGGCAGGACUGUUCUACUGGAGACUUUGUUAAUGAGCA